CUCGAGAAAACCCUCUCUAGUGCCCCCGAUUUGGGCCCCUGUUUCAGAGCCUAACAGGGCUUUCUGACUUGCUGCUUCCUCGUCCCCACGGAGUGCCUCUUCUGGAGGCCGAGGCGAGAGGCAGAAGAGCAUGACCAUGGAGAUCAGCGCUCGAGGCAGACAGCGCACCAUUGGGAAUGAGGAAUACAGCCUGUACAGCAGCCUGAGCGAGGAUGAGCUGGUCCAGAUGGCCAUUGAGCAGAGCCUGGCUGACAAGACCCGCGGCCCGACCACCGCUGAGGCCACUGUGUCCACCCGUGUCAACCGCCAACCUGCCCAUUUCUACCCAUGGACCAGGUCGACUGUGCCUCCCGAGAAGCCGCCCGCCUCGGGCCCCAUGGGCCUGUUCCAAGGGGUCAUGCAGAAAUACAGGAACUCCCAGCUGGCGCCUGUGGACCCCGUGCUGAAGGCCAUCAAGGAAGGUGACGAGGAGGCCUUGAAGGCCAUGAUCAAGGCGGGGAAGAAUCUCGCCGAGCCCAACAAAGACGGCUGGCUGCCGCUGCACGAGGCGGCCUACUACGGCCAGCUGACCUGCCUCAAGGUCCUGCAGCAAGCAUACCCUGCAGUCAUCGACCAGCGCACCCUGCAGGAGGAAACGGCCCUUUACCUGGCGACUUGCAGGGGACACCUGGACUGCCUCCAAUUCCUCCUCCAGGCUGGGGCCGAGCCUGACAUCUCCAACAAGUCCCGAGAGACCCCGCUCUACAAAGCCUGCGAGCGCAAGAACGUGGGGGCCGUGAGGAUGCUGGUGGAGUACAACGCAGACACCAACCACCGCUGCAACCGGGGCUGGACGGCCCUGCAUGAGUCCGUUUCUCGCAACGACCUGGAGGUCAUGGAGAUCCUGGUGAGCAGGGGCGCCAAGGUGGAAUCCAAGAACGCCUACGGCAUCACCCCCUUGUUCGUGGCCGCCCAGAGUGGGCAGCUGGAGGCCCUGAGGUUCCUGGCCAAGUACGGCGCCGACAUCAACACGCAGGCCAGCGACAACGCGUCCGCCCUCUACGAGGCUUGCAAGAAUGAGCACGUGGAUGUGGUGGAGUUCCUGCUGUCGCAGGGCGCAGACGCCAACAAAGCCAACAAGGACGGCAUGCUCCCGCUGCACAUCGCCUCCAGGAAGGGCAACUACAGGAUCGUGCAGAUGCUGCUGCCGGUGACCAGCCGCACGCGCGUGCGCCGUAGCGGCAUCAGCCCGCUGCACCUGGCGGCCGAGCGCAACCACGACGAGGUGCUCGAGGCGCUGCUGGGCGCGCGCUUCGACGUGAACGCGCCGCUGGCGCCGGAACGCGCGCGCCUCUACGAGGACCGCCGCACCUCGGCGCUCUACUUCGCCGUGGUCAACAACAACGUGUACGCCACCGAGCUGCUGCUGCUCGCGGGCGCCGACCCCAACCGCGACGUCAUCAGCCCCCUGCUCGUGGCCAUCCGCCACGGCUGCCUGCGCACCAUGCAGCUGCUGCUGGACCACGGCGCCGACAUCGACGCCUACAUCGCCACGCACCCCACCGCCUUCCCCGCCACCAUCAUGUUCGCCAUGAAGUACCUGUCGCUGCUCAAGUUCCUCAUGGACCUCGGCUGCGACGGCGAGCCCUGCUUCUCGUGCCUGUACGGCAACGGCCCGCACCCGCCCGCGCCGCCGCCCUCCAGCCGCUUCAGCGACGCGCCCGCCGCGGAGAAGGAGCCCGGCGUGGUGCAGUUCUGUGAGAUCCUGUCUGCCCCGGAGAUGAGCCGCUGGGCAGGGCCCAUCAUUGACAUCCUCCUGGACUAUGUAGGCAACGUGCAUCUCUGCUCGCGGCUGAAGGAGCACAUCGACAGCUUCGAGGACUGGGCCGUCAUCAAGGAGAAGGCAGAACUUCCGAGACCUCUGGCUCACCUGUGCCGGCUGCAAGUGAGGAAGGCGGUCGGGAAGCAGCGCAUCAAACUGCUGGACGCGUUGCCGCUCCCAGGCAGGCUGAUUCGGUACCUGAAAUACGAGAACAUGCAGUGACCAAGAGCGCGUGGAGGAGAGGCUCUGCGGACUGUUUCACUAAGCCUCAGGACGGCAGGGUCCCCAAAUCCCAGGGGGCCUGGUGACAGAACGGGCCUGUGGGCUGGCCUCCCUGUCAGCUGGGGCAGCUGCUGUCACCUCACCAGGUCUCUGGGCCAGAGCUUUGCCCGGACCGGAGAAACACAGUGCGUCAAGUAGGAGGAAAACCCCGUGCUUGUUUUCAAAUGGAUGAGUAGAGCCCCAGACCUUCUCUGCCGAUGGGAAUGGCAGAGCCCCAUUCCUGGCGCUGGGCGA